AUGGUUAAAGUGAUAACUACAAAGUCAGCCGUUCAAAGUGACCCCAAUGAUGAUCAUUACACUAAAAUAGUCACAUUCACAGAUGAAGAGGAGACAGACGUGUAUAUACCAUUUCCAUUGGAGAAAACCACUACAUCAUCGUUACAGAAAAGUCAGUCACAUCAGUCACACCAGUUACGUCAACUGCCGCUAGCACUGAAAGAAUUGCUUUUACAAUCAUCGCCAACAUCAGUAAAGACAACCCCGCGUUCUAAUUCAACAAAGGCUCUACAUCACGAUGCGUUGUUGUUGGAGCAACAGUUCCUUGAUAGCAAAACUAACUCUCUGAACUGGUCUAUGCCAUCUUCAUUAUCCACUGCAAACACUUUCACCACGCCAAGCCCGUCUUUAGGUGCAACUGAACAAGAAUUCAAAAAUGAUGCAACAAUGACAAAUUUGGGGAAAGAAAUUGUUAAGCUAUUGCAGGAAUCAGGAUUAGUUAAGAAAGAUCCACCACAAUCGAGCGAAUCAGCAAGUACAAGAAAAAGAAGGCGAGAUGAUGAUGAAAAAGAGGAUUCUGAGUACUCAGAGUCAAGGAUAUAUAAUUGUGAACUUGAAUUUGAUAUAACAACAGGAGAUAAAGUAGAUAAUCUUGAUGACUCAAAUAGCGAAGAUGCCCCAGUUGAAGACCCACAGGAAGUUUCCGCCAAUCGCAAAGAUUUCACAGUGACUCUACAACUCAUCUAUGUAUUCAAAUCAGAGAUUGAUUUAGCCAAUAUACCAAUAAACAUAUACAUUACUAAAUCAGAGUUGAUCAGGUACUUGAUGGACAGGUUGGUGCUUCGACGGAAUGAAGUUGCAACAGAUUUCUACUCGAUACAAUCCAAAAUUAAGAAACUAUUGGAUUUGAUUUGUGUACGAUGUUGGAUCAAUGGAUACGAGUUGGAUAUUCGGAAAGAGUAA